UUAUGAGCGCUGAAAAAAAUCCUAUUAAAAGGGGGAACUUCCUCAACUUUUUUAUUCGGACGCCCUUCGUUUAAAUUUGAAGCACACUGCCCAUAAAAAAUAAGUAAAGAAGGGGUAAUAUAUUUUGUCCAGUCUCCAAUAAGCACUAGGUCAGGUCAGUCACGUCGCUGGUAUAAGCUUAUCGUCAGUACACGGUAGUACCCAAACCACGUAGUUUUUUAUACAUUUUAUUUUGACCUACUACCGACUACAUUGAUAUUAUUCAACGAGGUGAUAUCUACCGACCUAUGUUUCCUUUGAGGAGUUCAGUGUUCAGUGUGUUAUAGAAAGUGAGUUUGAAUUGUUUGAAGUGUAUUGACCUUUUUUGGUUACGAAACGCAUUAAAGAUAAACAAUGUUACCCUCGUCUAGAAGAGCUACGAGACUAUCAAAAAAUCUCGAACGGUGUAUAAAACUACUCGAAAAAAGGUCACUCAGUUCACAGGAAGUUUUUGACAAGGAAGCAAAAUAUGCGGCUCAUAACUAUCACCCACUACCAGUAGCUUUGACCAAGGGACAAGGUGUGUUUGUUUGGGACGUAGAAGGUAAAAAAUAUUUCGACUUCUUAAGCGGCUACUCAGCCAAUAAUUUUGGACAUUGUCAUCCCAAAAUAUUAAAGGCGCUGCACGAACAAAGUGCUGUUUUGCACCACACCUCCAGAGCCUUCUUUUCAGACCAGUUGGGACAAUAUGCUGAAGCAAUCACCAAGCUGUUUGGAUACGACAAACUGAUGCCUAUGAAUACAGGUGUUGAGGCAGGAGAUACGGCUUGUAAACUAGCUAGGAAAUGGGGCUACAGGAAAAAGAAGAUCCCCAAGAAUCAAGCAAAGAUUAUUUUUGCUGCGGAUAAUUUUUGGGGGCGAUCAUUAGCUGCAUGUUCCUCAUCGACAGAUCCUUUAUGCUUUGAGGACUAUGGACCAUUUGUACCGGGAUUCAGCUGUGUACCUUACAACGAUUUGAAAGCUUUAGAGAAAUCCCUCCAAGAUCCCUUAGUCUGUGCUUACAUGGUGGAACCCAUUCAAGGUGAAGCUGGUAUCAAAGUUCCAGAUGAAGGAUACCUCAAAGGCGUUAGAGAGUUGUGCACCAAAUACAACGUCCUUUGGAUUGCCGAUGAAAUCCAAACAGGUUUAGGAAGAACUGGAAAAAGACUGGCUGUAGAUUACGAAAAUGUUAAGCCCGAUAUUCUGGUCCUUGGAAAGGCGCUGGGAGGUGGGGUUUAUCCAGUGUCGGCCUGUUUGGCCAACGAUGAUAUUAUGCUAGUCAUUGAACCAGGAACCCAUGGUUCUACCUUCGGCGGUAAUCCCUUAGCGUCAAAAGUAGCUAUAACAGCCCUAGAAGUUCUCGAAGAUGAAAAUUUAGCUGAAAACGCUUUUAAAUUAGGGGAAAUUUUCAGGGUGGAGUUAAGGAAAAAGCUGAACAAUGGAAAUCCUAUUGUGAUGGAUGUCAGAGGCAAAGGAUUAUUGAACGCUAUCGAUAUUAAUAGAAAUUGUAUACAUGCCUGGGACGUCUGUUUGAAGUUAAAAGAAAACGGUUUAAUUGCGAAACAUACCCACGAAGAUAUCAUACGAUUUUCACCACCUCUAAUAAUCACCGAAGAAGAAAUGAAAGAAGCCAUUGAUAUUAUCGUAAGAACCGUUAACAACAUUGAAGUAAAAACCGAAUAAACAAGAGUUUCAAAUACCUAACUCAUAUGGAUAUUUUCUUCCUGUAUUGUACUUCAAAUUGAGUCAGUUUAAGAUUUUUUUCAAUAAUUUCCAGAAUGGCGUAUAAUAGACCCAGCAUUCGCCUAUGCUUGAUAUAGUUUUUCCAUUUUAUCUUUGCCCAUACGUCAUGAUUCAUUUUUAAACAAGUUAAAUCAAAACAUAAAGUGAAACGUACGUCGAUGUGUAGUAUUAUUGAUAAAAUACGUACUGUCAGUGGUAAUAAUUAGGAAAUGGCUAUUAUCCAGUGGACGAAUUUUAUAAAGUUAUUUUAUUGAAGUGUUUAAUCUUUUUUCACUAUUGAGGAUAUUGAUGGACUCAACAAUAAACAGCUUGAACAUCAUACCGACUAUUACUAGUAUAAAGAUAAAUAUAGAAUGGCAAUAAAUAAAUUAAAAAAAAGAAUGUGUGUGUACUUUGUACGCACGUAAGAACUUAUACUUCUAUUAUAUGAUUUAAACGAAAUUAAUAUACUUUUUAUUUAUAUUUUAUUUAAAUAUUAAACUAAUUUAUACUUACUACUUCUCAAACAUUUUUAUUAAAACAGUGCCAAAAAUUAAAAUAAUAAAAGAAUAAAACACACACAAACACAUUAAUAAUGCCACAAAUUAUUUCUGAACAUUAAUUGUCGGAAAUUUUUUUUAACUAAAUACGUAUUUUCUGAAAAUAAAAUUAUAUAAUAAAUAUACUUACAGUCAUAAAAUGUAUAAAAAAAAUAAAAAAUAAAAGUUUUUAUUGGGAUUCCAACCAGCUAUCAGCGCGGUUGGUAUAUUGGGGUUCAUUCGCCUUAAAUGCUUCGCCACGGAGGCAAUGUGUCAUUAUGUGCGAAGAUCGACUAACUAAACGGAUUAAGCUUUUGAAAUUUUUGAAUUAAAUUAAAUUAUUUUGAUUUUGAAUUGAAAUGAUUUAGAAUUGAAAAAAUACAAAAAAACAUAUAGUAAGAAAACAAUAUAUUAGGUGAACAUUGAUAGAAAUUUUGAUGGUAAUCAAAUUAUGUAAAUAAAAGUAUUACAUACUAUGUACUUUGGUAGGUUCAAAUAGGUAGGUACCUAUGAUACAUUUACAAUUAUUACGUACCUGUUGCUUUUAAAAACUAUUUAAAUGUCACUACAAUUAUAAACAUUUUUGUUUCUGUCCUCACAACAAUAAAACUAAUAUAUUAUACAUUUGUUUACCUUCAUAUUGAACAAUUAUUUAUUAUUGACAGAUCAUUUCAACACCCAAUCAGACCCCGUAUAACGACUAAUACCAUACUGUCGGUGUGCGCAUGCGCGCAGAUCAAUAUAAAUUCACCCUCAAUAUCAAUCGCGCCUAAAGAAGUAUAACUUCAAAAAUAAAAAGUUAAACAGUAAGUAAUCUCGUGAAAAUAAACAAAUAAGUUUCUAUUCGUCAGAACUAUAGUACUUACCGGAAGUAAUCAAAUUAGGACAGCAUUGGGUGAGUCUAGGUAUUAUACGUCAUUGUUUGUAAUUUAUUUGUGAGUAAAAUGGGAACGAAAUAUUCUGCUAAGUUUAUGUCAUUCCAAAGGAAUAAUACUUUUUACAUUUUUAUGUUUUUUAUAUGUGUAUUUUUAUAAAAUAUGUUUAUAUUAUUAAUGUUAUCGGUAUUAAAAUUGUUUUUAUGGUU